GCCGGCGAGCGAGCCGUUUCUCCAAAAAACUUCCCCUCAAUUACAUUGCGCUGAGAUUUCCGUGUCCAUCUUUCGAAUUUUCGGCUCCUCGACCCGCGUGGCUUCUUUACUCGUCGCGUUUUCGCCGUUCGUUUUAUGCUUUCCUCGUAAACUCGUCGUAGGCUGUUUCGUUCAAACUGUUUGAUCCUCGAUAAGUUUGGAUAAGUUCGAAGUAGGAGAUCGAACAAGUUAAUCGAUAGUGAGAUUAACUUCCCAUUUUACGAAAUACGUACGAUCGAUUUAUGGGUCGAGGAAGGUAUUCACGAAGUGCGAACAGUGUUUGUAUUGACGAAUAUGGAAAAUUUUGACGAUAUGUGACGAGAUUCUGUCGAUCGUGCGACAAAAAGUAAAUGACCCGAUUUUCGACUGACAAGUCGUAAGACGGAUGUACCUUGGUGGGAUGUAUCAGUGAGGAACGAUAGGUGUUGUGAUUUGGAAGAGUGUACAAAAUUCACGAUUCGUGAUUCUCGAGACUAGUGAUCGAAUCAAACUCCUCGAAAGGAUCUCGUAUGCGUGUGUCGUCAUCGCGUCAUCGUGCUGGCCUUAACGAGGCGCAGUUAGCGUCGGCAUCGUUAGGGAGCGUGGAACGCGAGUGGACUGGUGCUUCCAAAUCCUCGAAAUUAUCGCCGCGAUUCCUAGCACCCUUGGUGUAUAGUGAGAACAGUGGUUCGUCGUUCGUGUCCACCUUCUCUCGAUAAUUCGUCCUCGCAUCUCGAAGAAGGGAGGCACGUAAGCGAUCCGUGGGUACGCGAACGUGCUUCCUUAAAGUGUACCUUACGCGCGGAUAUGCGCCGUUAAUGAAAGAAUCUGGCGUAAUUGCUCGCGGAGACGAUCGGAGCGUCCUUUCGUGGCCAGAAGUCGCGAGAAUAGCGAACCAAGCUAACGAAAAAGGGGCAAGGAGAAAGGAGGAAAGAAGAAAUCGAGCAGAGAAGGAUCAGAAGGAGACGAGAGGCACCGCGUCUCAACUUUCGAAACAGAGAUGAGUUGAGAAUCGACUACGAUGUUGAGUCGUCUUUCGGCCGUGGUGGCCUCCAUUUUGGUUCACCAGCUACACGUUUUGUGUGCCGCCACCUCAUUAGGUGCUAAGCCGUUUCCUGGACUGGAAAACCUGCCGAGGUCGUUCUGGCAUGAGCUCAGUUCGCCUUUUACCGAGGUAUACGAGGUGGAAAGUUUCGCAACAGAGACGGGCGGCACUCCGGAGCCGAGGCCCUUUUUCGAAGAUCCAGAGAGCAACAUUACCGUGCAACUCGGUGCUCAAGUAUAUAUGCACUGUAGAGUACAAAACCUGCAGGAUACGCUUAAGGUGUCGUGGGUUCGCAGACGAGGCGACGAGUUGCACUUGCUCACGAUCGGUUUGGACACGUACGCGAGCGACUCUAGGUUCUCGCUGGCCCUGGAGAAGCCGAAUGAUUGGCGGUUGCUUUUGCGUUCGGCUACCGAACGAGAUGGCGGCGUGUACGAGUGUCAAGUCAGUGCUCAUCCGCCAUUAAUCAGAACUGUCCAUCUCACCGUGUCAGUGCCGAAGGUUGAGAUCGUGGACGAGCACGGUGCCACGGCUGGUGACAAAUUCUACAAAGCGGGCAGCACGAUAGAAUUGAAGUGUGUGGUCAGCAAUAUACCGCAGCCUACCGGAUAUGUUACGUGGCGGCACGGAUCCCGCACGCUGAAUUACGACACUACCCGUGGAGGAAUCAGCGUGAAGACUGACAUGGGCGCCAGCGGCGCGAUAUCCAGGCUCUACAUUGCCAACGCGAAUAAAAAAGACAGCGGGAAUUACAGUUGCGCUUUGGCGGACGUCGCGGCAGCUACCACGGUCUCCGUCCACGUAUUAAACGGCGAGAAUCCGGCAGCCAUGCAGCACGGUGGUUGCGCGAAUCUUCAGGCGACGUCGUUCGUUCUCAUCGUCAUCACGAUGCUAUUCCCGUCGCUUUUCAGGUGACCGUGAUGUCCUAAUCACUCUCUGGGCCUGCAGUUCGAAUGGUGCUAACUCCCUUCAUUCUCGCGUCAAAUGGAACGCGAGAAAAUUCCGAAGAAUCCGAAGUAAUUGUCUUUCCCGGCCCAUAUGUCGAGCUUUGCAAGGAACGGACGCACUUUCGCAUUCGAAAUCGAUUUUUACACCGAAAACCGAUAAGCACCAACCGGCCGAAUCAAUUCCGACUCGUGAUACGAAGAAAGAAGACAGUAAGAAAUCAGCAAAAACUUUCUCCACGGUAUACGCAAAUUACUAUAAGACAGAGAGAGAGAGGGAGAAAGAGAGAGAAACGUUUGUGCUGAAACCACUGUUUUACACGAGAUGUCGUCAAAGGAUCCGAUUGUUCGACAAAGGACUUUCCUCCCCCUUUCGUUUCGUUUCUUUUUCAAUACAUCGAACUGCAUAGAUGGAAACGCGAAAUUUCCCCGUGACAGACAACGAAGUUAUCCCCUUUAUCGUGAACAUUCGUCGAUCCUGUUUACCGAGCUCAAGGUUCGCGCAUCUCGUCUACCAUAUCGUACGUGAAUUUCCACGAAUAUUUUUGCGUAUGGCGGUUCGAGCGGCUCGCUUUGAACGCUGCACGAUACCAAGAGAGGAUUCUCCACUGCCUUUUACUCGGUCGAUCUCUUGGUUCGCGUGUAAAAAUUGGAAACGUACCCUUGUGGGUUCAUACCGCGCACGAACAUUAUCAAAACGAAAUAAAGACAAAUCGAACGUGAAUUAUCGUGAUUUGAAAUUCGUUCAAGCAGAUUAACAUAUCAAUCUUUUUCUCAGAACGAAAAUCGCGACUCUUCUCGUUCCUUCCGACGAAUAAUUCUAUUAAAAAAAAAAAAAAAAAAAAAAGAAGAAAAGAAACUGAUUUGACUUGUCGCAGCUGAAACGCCGGGAAUCGAACAGAGUUUAUUUCUUUGAAACUGAAAAAGUUUUGGGAAUAAAUAGCGACCUAGAAUUGUUUAUCCGAAUGGAGCACGCGUGGUACACGAACCGUGCCGAAAACAGACGAGUACGCGUAACACUUUUUAUCGCUGUCAUUCUAGUUUUAUCGAAUGUAAUUGCAUGUUUCGGUCUUUUUAAUCCUCGACACGGCAUCGUUGCAUUAGCAUAUUUGCUUUUCAAGCGUUUUGUUUUCUUUGGUGUUUCUUAUUCGACACGGUGAUAACUUUUAUCCCGUGAAAUAUACAAUGUCGAAUGAAAAUAAAAUAUAUUCCAACGUAAGUUAUCGCGAUAGUUUAUGAUCCGCUGAUAACAAUUAAGGGGUUACAGGAAUCGAAGUGUUUUACAAAGAAAUUUAUAUUUAAAUACGCUUCGAUUUUAUCCAAAAGCUGAUGAAUUUUCUUACUUUACCAACGAUCAAUUUAACUAUCAAACUAUUGAACUAUUAAAGUUUGAUUAAGUUUGACGAGUGAAUCCGCGUUUGAAGCCUUUGUGGUUCACGCGUUGAACAGUUUCACAAAGAGAAUAUUUUCUUCAACUGUGUCGGAAACUCUGUCGAAUUUUUUCCAACUUGGCAAAGCAACGCCGCCCGACUAACGUCGAAAUGAAAUUAGAAACGCGUCUUGUCAAGAUAUGUACCGAGUUGCGAGAAACAUCGUUUCCCGAUUAUUUGCAAAAAUCUCCAGUCGAUAAUUCUGAAUCUCAUCCGAAUAUUUUAUACAAAUUUCAUCCAUUGAAACAGUCAAAAUCAAACGUGAUGCUUCUGAGGUGAUUUUCAUAUUUAAAGCACAUGCAUAUUCCUCGUACACGUUCUACGUUCACGCGUGAAAAUAAAGGGAAUAGAGUCGGUCGAUUGAACAAUUUACGCAGCUCGCCUGUUCCAUUUUGCAGGGGUUUCGCGCGAGCGAAAUGCACAACGGCGGAUUUGGCAAAAAGAAACGCGAACGAGAGACGCAAACAUUACGGCGAUGUGUCGCGCAAGUUGAAGCGUGAAAUAAUAGUUGGGCCGCGGGCUCUUGAAAUUAUUACACGAUAUAAAAUACUCGUUUCUACGCGGCGCCAGAAGCGUUGUUCAACCGGCCAGACAAUGACCGUUCAUAAAAUUUCGAAUCACUCGCUUAGCCUCCUCUGUGUUUAUUGCGCGCGACUAUGCAAAUUUGCUUUCACUUCGCUCCGCCGCUACAAAUUUAACACUUUGAUUACCAGACCGUUGCCAGGACAAUCAUUUUUGCAUCGGUCACUGGGCCCCACCACCGACUGGUUAAAUGCGCUUGUAUAAACGCCGGAUAUACGCGAUCGAUCUGUCCAAUUCACGUCCGCCCACUCUAUGACGUACAACCGCGCGUAUUAAUCGCUUUUCUCGCACAUCGCCGAUACCUUUUAUUUUUUUAUCCUUUUCUUUCCUACUUUUUUAGUUUCAUGCACGCUUCUUCGAUGAACCUGGCGGGAAAAGGGUUGGCGCGAGUCGUCGACCCUUCGUCGGCGAUUACGAAAACCGACCAUGAGAUUUUUACGUCGAUUAAUGGGGAAUCGCGAAGAACGAUCGAUUCCCAUUACUUUCGAUUUGUUUGCGACGCGACAAGUUCGAUCUUAUCGCGUCUUUUAUUCUUUCUAACUCGGUCUUUUGUUUUUUAAAAUUAUUUUUCCACAAAUUGCGCAGCUCACACGAAACUGUACAUCGAAUCGGACGAUGUUUUUUACCACCUUUUUUGCCUUCUUUUUUUUUUUAAACAAUACAACACGCUUCGCGCUGGCUCAAAUAUUUUUCCACGCAAAGCUAAACCGAUAUACCCGUACAAACGCAAAGAGGAAGUUUUAAUUCUGCGCUGUGUUCUACACACAUCGACUGUCCCUCUUUCGGAAACGAUCCAAUCGAGAACGAUAAAGUUCGAAUAACAAUGAGCCUCCUCUGUUGAAAAAUUACGAUUCCUUCAAUUACAUACAGCAUCCCUUUGUGUGCAGAUCCAGCGUGCGGGCUUUCAAUCAACUAAACAAAACGCCGACACCGGUGAAAAGCAAAUAAAGAGCACGUCACGUCGUAUUAAAAAAUAGUAAUAUCGGCUUUUUGGUUUUCGAUUCGUAUCCUCUGUUUCUAUGUACUCUGCCCUUCGCUAUCUAACAGCUCGGAUAUUUCGGUCAAUUUAUAUUAAACGAUACGUUAUUAGCAGAUUGUACAUCAAAAUUAUUUAGUUUCAAAUUAUAUUUAAUUUAUUCUAUACUAAUAUUUUUCCGUUCAUCGACUCUUCGAUAUUCUACUACACACGGGCUGUUGCGGUAAUCACGAAGAAUAAAAUUAUCAGAAAUUUUUCUAUCUAUAAUUUCAUACAUCAAAAACAAACAUAUGAUACUUAUGAACGUUGGUGUACAAGAUGCGCUAUGUUUCUUUCGCAAAAUGGUACUAGUAUAUUUUAGAAAUAAAAAUAAGAAACAUAGGUAGCCUGAAAUCAAACGAAACUCCGAUACGUUCUUACUUUUACCUAUGUCUAUCGUGAUUUUCUAAUAAAACAUUGACGCGCCAUCUUUUUCUUAUUUUUACCAUUUCGCGUGCAGAGUCUUCCGUGAUUUUUCUAACGCGUUUUGUCUUCUUCCUCGAACGAUGAAAGCCGCAUAUGCUAUAAGUAACACAACACGCGAAGCAAAGGAAAAUCCAAUACGUUGUUGCAUUGAUCGAAACUUCCUAACCAAAGCCACAUUUGCGCACCAUCUUUUUCUUAUUUUUAUCACUUUGCGCGUAAAAGACACGAAACGGAGUAGUGUACAAUAUGUAAUACUGUGUUCCUUUGGGAAAACAAUUUCGAACGCAUGGAAAUCCUGUCUGCAUUUCCGCGCGUCUCUGUUGCCUCUGUUCGCCGAAUUCCUGUAAGCGAAAGUUGACCGCGUAAUUUCAUUUUGCGCCAUUGAGGUUCGAUCCCCACUUGAAUCCGCGCGAUUUGAGACGCAUAACCAACGGGAUCGAUGGUAACGUGACCAGAGGUCGAUCACGAAAUCGAAAUCACCGAGAGAUUCGACCCGAAGUGGUUAAACGGAUCGUGACAAUGAUGUCGGGUCACUUCCGUGUAAAUCAGCGUUUGCUGCUGCUGAAUAUUGCAACCUUCUGCCUGAAUAAUACAAUGAUUUAUCGAGAGCAUUGUUACACGGCCAGGUGAAAAGUACGUGGCAACCCGCACAAAAGUCACACUCGCGUAACCGAUAUCUGCGAUAAAUUGAAUUAUCAUCUGGAACGUGUCGCGCCUCUUUUUUACCCUCCACUUCUUCUUCUUUGCUCUUAAAAUCGUUUUACACUCGAUCGUGUCCUUUUGUAUCGUUAAGAAAUUUUUAAGGAAUCCUUGCCAAUGUAUAUCGUUUUUUAAGUACAACAGGAUUUGUUGCGAAUUGUCGACUAAAGAGCAACCGGUCAGGUCAAACCGAUCGGUCGAUAUCGCGUACCUCGAAUGAAUUAACGCUCAAGGUGGAGGAGGUUUAAUAGAUCGAGUGUUAGAUUAAUCUAGAAUUGUAUUUGCACUUGUAUAAAAGUAACGUUUGAUGUUAUGAACACGGCGGUGAUAGGAUCUUGUUGGGAGUGAAGUUUUCACCCGCACGGCACGAUGUCCGAUGAUGAACCGUCUUUCUACGUUGCUGAUUCUCCUUACCAGCCGUUGGGUUUCGUCCGUCCAUCGUGCCCUUCCGGCUGGUUCUUUCCCGAGAUUUUUUACCUGACCUCGGAGUCGUUAGGUUUACAGCUCGGCGAGGACAUGUAAUUCGGAAUUGCAAUGAUUUAUCGAGACGCUGACUCAAAAUUCCGAACAGGAUUAAACGUACGAACAUUGUUUGAGGUACCAGGUUGUGUUCAUAAUUUUCGUACAAUCUGUUGAAUUUGUAAUUGAAUGACGGAAUACCUAACAUCGUCAUAUGUUGCACGUUAUACUCGUAAGUCGAUUCUAUCGUUAAUGUCAUGUAUCAUUUUUAUCGUUAAUCAAAUCAAAAUAUUUAUUGCUCGCUGAAAAGAUAAACAUCUUCCACUGGAAAAAUCCAAUCACUGGACGAGAUUCGAAAGAAAAAUCAUACUGCAAUCUAAAUGGUCGAAGACGGGAUUCUCGAAAAACAAAUUACCGUUUUAUCGAUGAAAUUUCUUACUCGCAUGCACGAAUAUUCUUUUACGCGCUUACGAAGCAGCGAUUCCAAUUCUUUAUAAAGGGAAAAUAAUGGUAAUCCGUUUGUCUGCUCGGACUUUUUCGCUCCCUGGUUCUUCCACUGCUCUGCCGUCGAGCUCCCCCUCAUUUAUCGUUUCGUAUCCAUAUGAUAUCUUGUUUGCCUCUCCACUAUCCUCCAGGCUUUUUCUCGGCAAUGGCCCAGUCUCCCGCCGGAAUCGUCAUCCAUUUCUAUUUCUUCAAGAGCGUACCUCUGUCGCCCGUUGGAAUUCGUAAAAAGAAGCAUUUGCGAAUUAAUGGUAAACACUCGGUGGUUCGGUUUCCAUCGUGAGAAAACGUUUUCCCGGCAAAUUCGACUGGGGAAACAGCUUCGAAAGGGAAUCGUCCGCUGCGUUUCCUCUCGAUUCGCCCAUCUUGUAUCAAUUAGAGCGUCGAGUUUUCGAGCUAUUCGCAGUUAAGUGAGAAGAAUUGGAGAGCUGCUACGAUAAAUAAUACGUUCGUUUUAAUGGAAUUAUUUUGAUCGUUCGUUAAAUAUUGUAGAUUUUCUGUACUUCGAAAAAAGAAGAAUUCUGAAGAACUGGAUUCUUCGUCUUGUUGAAUCCUCUUUACUUAUUCUUUAUUCCCUCCUUGUUCUCUUCAUUUAUAUAUUCAUAUUGUUACCGUUACCAUGUUUUGUACGUUUCAUGUAUUUAAAAGAAUUUCAUUCACUUAUGGAAUUUUUAGAAGAUGGAAUUGAUUGUUGAAAAAUGUAAAACUUGUAAGACGUUGUUUUGGACUUCUGCGAAGUAUCUGUAUCUCAUUUAUAAUGUAAAAUGUUUUACAUUUUCGAGCAGAGUUUUAUUCAUUGGAAUCUUCGUAAGAUGGAAUUGAAAAUUUAAAACGUGUAAGACGUCCCUUUUACAUUUUUCUGCAAUUCUAUCUCGCUGUUACGAUAAAAUAGUAAUAGUUUGUUACGUAUUGUAAAAUUUCAAAUAUAUUUCGAAAUAAUCGAACCUUUCUACUUAAUGGUAGAACGUCGAGAAAAGCAAAAUGUGAAAUUAUUUAGUGGCUUUUAUAUUGGAAGACUAAAAAAACACAUAAGAUUCUUUGCAAUUUUUUUAAAUAUAAUGCCACCAUAAUUGGGUCUAAAUUGGAACUGAAAGCGUUCCACGGAAGCCAAGGCUUGCUUUAAAGGGGCAUAAAGCUUUCAUUGUGCGCACUGUCGUUUCUACGGUCUCCACAAUUCAUCAAAGUCGAAUGGAUCUAUUUUAAAUUGAAAAUGAGAAGUAUAUCGGGAAUUACGUUUUCAUUUAACCGCGUAUAUUUUCCCAUUAUUGUUUCAGUAAAUGAUUUAACUUCUUAUUAUUCUGAAUUAAACUUCGUCUCACCGUAUAACUUGUUAUGCGUUACUUUUUAUGCCAUUUUUAUACCCAUCAAUUUUUAAAGCAUAUCGCACAAGUUUAACAACUAUAUUACCUUUUUAGUUCUAUUUAGAAACUGUCGAGCACUGAAUAUAAUAUCGCUAUUACUAUUUCGUGUUUGCUGGAACAUUUAGUAUAAUAUUUGUUUGGUAUAAUAUUCGUUGAUCGUUAGAACGAUGGCUACCGUGGACAUUUUUCGCAUCGUUUCACUCGACAACUGCUAAACUCUAUAACGAAACUACGUAUAGAAGGAAUUUCAGUAAUCGAAAUGAACGCCAGUCAUGAAUGUAAUAGAAUUUGUUUGAUGGAAUUUUCAUUGGUUUGGACACAAUUUCCUGUCUUACUGAAACAUGACAAACACAUAGAAUCGAAGAAAUAUUUCUGAACGAGUUACGGUUGACAUUAUAACCGAGCAGAGAUCUUUAAAAACGAACAAUAUAGGCAUUGUUAAAUAACGAUAUCAAAUGAGAAUAUAAUGCAGAUGAAUACCGUUCGCCUUCUUUUAAAAGGACGAUUUGCAAUUAAUUUCGUUUUAAUUAAAAAUUUGUUAAAAUUCGCAUUUCAUAUGUUUAUGCGUGAAAUUCGGCUCUCUCGGGGCUUUAAAUAUUAAUUAAGUAAAACUUCAACAGCGAAACCUACUUAAUCGAAUUUUGAUUUUAACUGGAAUUUUGUUCGUUUAUUAUCUUCCACAGCGUAAGCUGUAUUUUCUCUUAUAUGUCUAUUCGGUAGAUCGGCGAAAAACGGGGAUCGUUUAACGCAUUGAACGCGGAAGACGAUUUCCUAUUUCCUUGCGCACGAUCCCUGGAUAAGUAGACACGUGUUAUAGAAAAAUAGAUUUCCUCCUCCUCCGAUAAGCAGGGACCUCCGUCGAUUUUGUAUACCGCAUUGAAUAUGCGAAGAAUAUUAAUUAAACGAUUCGUGGAUCGUCGAAGGUGUAUACAUUUAAGACUAAAUACUUCUGUUCCAUCAAACAAUUCAGCAUCGUUGAAAAUUCAAUGUCGAAAAAUUGCUGAAUUAUAACUUCGAUAUGAAACAAAGUGAGAUUUGUUAAUAAGUGAAUCGCGAUUUUCUUUUAUGCGAAACAAGCAUUUUUUAUAUCGUGUGAUAUCGAAAAUUAGUUUUUUGCUAGAGACAGAUUAAAUCUGCACCGAUUUUCAUAGAAAUUUCACGAACUUGACAAACACGCUCGUACGACCGGCAGUUUCGUAGCGAUCGAAAUAUCGCAAGAUACGAACGAACAAUCGAUCGAGCAUUAAAUUGAUUCCACUCGGCGACGUAUAAUGUAACACGAUCAUCACGUAACGUACGAUAAAUACAAUCGAUUUUCCAAGUACAUAAUCGAUGGAAGGAUCGAAUGUUUCACCGGCUCUCAAGCAAGCUCAGAGAGUAGCAAUUAAAAAUAAAACACCUGAAAAUCACAAGAAACGAGAGAAUGGAAUCUUUCGACGAUAAUGUCGUUAAUUACGAAAUUAUUGUAAAAUUUUCAUUCACGUUGCUUUUUCCCUUCGAUAGAAAAUGUUGCAUCAUUAAUCGUUAAAAUUUGCACUCUGCAAUAUUCCCAUUGUUUCCCAUCCUUGAUACGUCACAAUAUCGUUUGAAACUGGGUGAAAAGUUCGAUUCUUGCACCGAAUCAUACGUUACAAAUUUGUACGAAGGAAGGAUGAAUAAAUCCUGCUUUCAAAAUCAUGGAAACAUUCCUAAUGGAUCUUUAAUCUUCGUUCGAUCGAACGAGUAUUAACGAUGAAAUUUUCACGGCCGCGUCCUGCGCGAUAUGCAAAUAACGGCAACGCCAUUCGCGAGUGAGUAAGAACAUUUUCGUGUGCAUGCGUGUGUACGGUCUUUGUAUGUGUGCGUCCCCGCGUAUGUAUCUUCGAGUACGAGUACACGAGCUAUUCGGAACGCAUUUGAUAAGAAACGAAAAAGGAGAAUAAAAAGAAAAACGUAAGUAAGAUAAAGUAACGUAAGAGAAAAAAAAACAAAGUAUUACGAAGUUAGAGAAAGUAAGUCACACGGGACUUUAUCCCGAUCGGAGAUUGAAAAAUCGUGCGCAGAAGGGGAAAAGUCGUCGUUAUGCCAUUAGAUACGCACAGUGAAGCUUGAUAUUUGAUGAGUCGACAGAUGCUUGUGAAUUUUUAUAAUUUAGAAUUUUUAACGAAUGUUCGUUCUGUAUACUUUAGCUACUAACGUGUACUUGUAAAUUGAACUUAAAUCUGCGAAGAGAUCGAUGCGACCUAAUAAGACGAUAUUUAAUCAACGCAGAGAUCUUAGUGCCAUCGAUUGUAUAUAAUUAUAAUCGAUUGUAAAAGAUUAAUUUUCUUGCAUUUGUAUCGCACAAAUUUUUAUUUUUGUCCCAUUUGAAGCUAUUUGUUAACUAUCAAAGCUUCGAGCCAUUUAUUGCAUUAAUAGUUUAAUAAUUGCAUUGAAGAUAAAUAAGGUAUAAAGCAAACCAGUGAUACUCGAUUGACGCAAUUUUUCUACCUGUGUUUCAGACGUACGUGGUAUAAAGAAUAAAGCAAAAGCUAUAGAAUCUAUUGUUUUCGUGUGUAAAAUAAAACGACGAUUUUUCCCGAUGUAACAACACAAAGUGUCUAUUUCGAUCUUCGAUCGGGAUUCCGUUUGUCAGAGUGCAUGUGUGUAAAAAUCGAAGAAGAUUCGUGUAAAGUCUUCGGCUCGAUAUACUUGCUCAUCGCUAAUCACGUCUCAUCAUCCAUAGUAAUAUAUCCACGAUACGGUAACGAUAAAGUAAAUAAGAAGACAUGUCUAUAAGCAUCUGUAAGCUAUUGGUACUAUUAAUGGUCGUUAACGCGGUUAGGGUGGCGCAGACACGUUGUAGGGAAAUUCCAUUUUCGUGGGAUGGGAGAAAGGACGAAAGCGGAAAAGGAAACGAUAGAAAAUUAAUUUAACGUCGAUAUUCGCUGUUCACUAUUUGUAAGAUUCGACAAGGUAAAUACAA